AAAAUUAAAAAAAAAAGAGUAAAUAAAUGAUUUGGUAAUGGAACGUCCAGUUUAUCUAACUACAGUAGUGGGGAGGUUACAAGCGAUUUAAACGGUUAUGGGUUUAUUGGAGGGAGCAAUUCAUUUUGGAGAGGAGGUUCUCAAAUUCUAACUGGCUGAACAACAUCGGCUUAAAGGAGAUCUCAUGAAAAAGAAUCUAGCAAGCAAAGAAGCCUAGGGUAGAAAAUCCAAGAAAAUAUGAUCGAGGACGCACUGCAAUGGAAACAAGAGGCCUAGAGCAUAUAUAUCAGCUAUAUACGUACGUGUUCAGCCUGCGGCGGAAGAGGGCCGUUCGAUCAGCUGCGCUAGCUACGCUUGGACGCCUGCCGUCCUUCUGGAGUUCUGGUGCGCCGGCCGAUUCCACCUUUCGGCCUACACUGCCUACUACGCUAGCUUCACCCCAUUCGUCCCUUGCCCUUUUCACCUUCACGCGCGCUUCAGACUAUGCAGACCCGCGGUAACGGCGAUGGAUCAUUGACUCGGAUGACCAAUAAGCAGCGAAUGCUUUGGUUUGCGCUCAGCGCGUCUUCAUUUAUUCUUGCCGUGGUCAUUCUAGGGAUUACCCAUAAGACCAACCACCUUUUGCCUGAAUUAGUGAGAUUGGUCUGGACCCUUCUCAAUUUAUUCUCAAAAAACAAAUUAAAAAACAAACCAAAAAAUAUUAAAACUAAAGAAAACCAUCUUCCCUACUUCAUACUCACAGGAGCUAGUUUCUUUUACCUAGCUUUUCUAUUUUGUUUUUAUUUACGACGUAACCUCAAACCCAGAAAAUUCCCUAGAUUUAUUAGGUGGAUUUUUGAUUCUGCGUUUGUGGUUAUCUGCUUUGCGAUUUCUAACUACACUACCGACGCAGCUUCAGUGAUUGUAUUAUUUAUAUGUUGUUUGCAUUUGCUUCCGCUCUCAAAUCUCAUUGGGGGAUUUGAGAAUUUUGGUUUUUUUGAUUGUCUUUUGGCCACAGCCCUCGAAGCUGCAAUGCAUAUCACAAAAACGUAUCCUUUGAUACUAGUGGCAUUGUUAUCCGCAUUUCUUCAAGGUCUUAAACACUACAACGAACACAAGGUAGAGUCGCUCCUUGCGAGAUUGAGAUCAUAUGAUAGGCCUUAAGAAAAGUUUCUUUUUAUAUGUAAUCCUUUUUGUAUGUAAUGUUUUAAAUUUUCUGAAAAUUAUCUUUAAUGAACGUUAUUUAUAUAUGCUGUGAACAUCAUC